AUGCGCACCACCAGAGCGUCCUGCCUUCCUCAGGCCCAGCCAGGAAUCUCAGUCUUUGGCCGGGCAACCAAGGCUGGUGUCACGCCGCAAUUGCCCGCAAAGAAAUCCGCAACCCUCCCAGUCUCCCCGUCCAAGAAACGAAAAUUGCAGGAACUCGAAAACUUCGACACCUCGAACCGACAGCCCGUCAUUGAAGAAGCCGAGACCCCAUCCAAGACUCUGAAACUCAGCCAACUGUCUGUUUCCUCGCCUCGCAGCGGCCACUAUGCUACACCUAAGCGUACCCCGAGCCGCCGCACGCGUACUCCAGCCAAAAUCGCAGAAUCUCCCUCCACACCCAACACCCCUUCCAAGCAACGCACUCUCAACUUCCAAAAAGUCGUCCCCGAGCCCAAACUUGCGCCUCGUGCCAAAUGCAUUAUCGAAUUUAUCGACCUCCACUCAGCCAUGGUUCAGGCCCUUUCUAUCCACUCAGCCCACAAUGGACCAUCAACACCCGCCGAUCUAAGAGAAUUCCUUCCCAGCGUCACCCGGAUUUGGAAGAAGCGCAAGGUUCAGCCUAAAGAUCUUCAGCGUCUGGUCUGGGUCUGGGAGCGCAGCUUGAAAGCCAAGGAUAUCUCCUAUCGUAUUGCCAAUUAUGGUCUUGGAAAAGUCUGCCUUGAGCGUGCCGUUCAGAUCGACGAUCAACCAUCAGCUCUGCAAGAUGCAUUUGAGCAAGCAUUUGAUCUUCUUUGGGAGCAGACCGAAGAUUCUCUGAAAGCGGCUGCUGAAGAAGACCGUCCAGCUCUGUUCCUUGAAACCCUUGGUCUCGCCACCAUCCACGAGUCCCUUGCCCCCUUUUCCGCGUUUCAGAAAGGUCAACAACGCCUGCAAGACUUGAGAGGCGGCAUCAUCCGCAUGAGGACCGAAAUGAUGAGCUCAGAUAUCAAGAACGGCGGUCCAAAGACCUUGGCAGUUAACAACAAUCGCCGACAAGGCCUCCUUGACCGAAUUAGGAAUAAGGAGAUGGUCCAAUCCAAGCUGCCGCCUCCACCAACGAAGAAGGAGCUUAUUCGCAAGUCUGCUGCCGAGCGAGUUGAGGAGGUCGCCGGAAUCCUUGCUCUUCUCCGCCCUGCUGGAUACGUGGGAACUGGUAUCAAAGCAAUGCUCGCCGCUCAGCGCAAACCAUUCAAGCUCGAGACUAUGGUCGAGCACGUGCGCGACUCGGUUCGCAACCCGAUUCCUAAAGAAGAAGUGGAGAUGUGCAUCGAGCUUCUUGCAGAUGCUCGUGUUGCCGGACAUUGGAUCAACAUUGUGACAAUCAAUGAGAUGCGUUCGGUAGUGCUGAAAUCCUGCAAGGACAUUGCGACAAAGGAUAUCGUGAAGAAAGUUUCCCAAUUGGAGGGGGAUGGAGACAAGACUGGCUCUUGCAUCCAAACUUCCAUCCUAAAGAGCAUUUGA